AUAUAUACAAAUUUCGAAACCUCAAAGCGCAAGGAAGCAAAGCAUCAUCAAUGGUGGAAAGCUUGUGAUAUCCAAAACCGAGAUCUGAUCCCCAAAUGGAGAGCGAGAAGAAGCAGUCGUCUGUCUCGGACGUGGGAGCAUGGGGUAUGAACAUCGUCAGCUCAGUGGGGAUCAUCAUGGCUAACAAACAGCUCAUGUCUUCCUCUGGCUUCGGAUUCAGCUUCGCGACAACACUAACGGGAUUCCACUUCGCGCUAACGGCGCUUGUUGGUAUGGUGUCAAACGCUACGGGGCUCUCUGCGUCGAAGCACAUUCCUCUUUGGGAGCUUCUUUGGUUCUCUAUUGUAGCUAACGUCUCCAUCGCUGCUAUGAACUUCAGCCUCAUGCUCAACUCUGUUGGCUUCUACCAGAUAUCGAAGUUGAGUAUGAUCCCGGUUGUGUGCGUGAUGGAAUGGAUACUACACAGCAAGCAUUACUCUAGAGAAGUGAAAGCGUCUGUUAUGGUUGUGGUUGUCGGUGUUGGCAUUUGUACUGUCACUGAUGUCAAAGUUAAUGCCAAAGGUUUCAUCUGUGCUUGUACUGCCGUCUUCUCCACUUCCCUUCAGCAGAUUUCAAUAGGCUCUCUGCAGAAGAAGUACUCAGUAGGGUCUUUUGAGUUGCUGAGCAAAACAGCUCCGAUCCAAGCACUUUCACUUCUCAUCUUCGGCCCCUUUAUUGACUAUUUCUUGAGCGGCAAGUUCAUAACUACUUACCACAUGACUUAUGGUGCCAUUUUCUGUAUUCUUCUCUCCUGCGCAUUAGCCGUAUUCUGUAACAUAAGCCAAUACCUCUGCAUAGGAAGAUUCUCUGCAACAUCAUUUCAAGUUCUAGGCCACAUGAAAACAGUUUGCGUCCUAACACUCGGAUGGCUUCUCUUUGAUUCGGAGAUGACAUUCAAGAACAUCUCCGGCAUGGUCGUAGCUGUUGUCGGAAUGGUGAUCUAUAGUUGGGCGGUUGAUCUAGAGAAACAGAGAAACGCAAAGUCAACUUCUCAAGGGAAAAACAGUAUGACAGAAGAUGAGGUUAAGCCACUCAAGGAAGGAAUAGAGCAUAUCGAUUUGAAAGAUGUUGAGCUCGGUGAGACUAAAGUAUAGAUAGAUACAAUGUGUGCUUUUUUAUCAAGUUUCAAAUUACACGUCGAAUACUUGUAUUUUAUUUUUAAGACUAUAGAACUACAAAAUUUUUCUGUU